AAGACAGGCGACCUUUAGUACAUGAGAUCUAGAAAGGUCCUUAGUUUCGUUUCAGGAGUGGCGUAGGUUCAACGAGAAAAAUUUUCUCUUUCGUGGUUGCAAACUUCUGGUUUCGAAACGGGGGUUAAAACAUCAGCCUCUAAACUCCGACAUUCCAUUACACUAAAGACGCGCACAUCCGCCGCCUGAUUCAGCAAAGAGUAUCUCGCUCCGGAUCCGACGUAUUAAUCUCUCCAUCACCUGUUCAUAAAGGAAUGUCAUCUGACAUCACGUCUUAUAUUAUUUGCAAAGUUGCUGUGUUAAAGAACUAAAGAAAGUUUUAGUAAUCACAAGUGGCACACGAUUUGUUCUCAGAUCAAGAAGUGAGCGAAGGAAUGAGGACAAUACUUGACACGGACCUUCGGACGUUCCUAGCAUUAAUAAUUUUUCUACUGCAGUCUCUAGGCAUCUAUGGUUUUAACUUGGAUACAGCCUCGCCUAAAGUCUUCGAUGGGCCUCCGAAGAGUGAAUACUUCGGUUACUCGGUUGCUCUUCAUUCGCGACAGAAUAAAUUCUGGUAGGUGUGUUCAAAAUUAGCCUCGGCGUGUUCACGCUUCAAUUCUACUUUAGUAUUUCUUCAAGAGGUCGUUUGUGAGACCUUAUCCCAAGUGUAAUUAGAACUUUAAACUCUCCUUACAUAGCUCCCAAAUUUGUGGUGUAACAGCAAAAAAAUGUAUUUCCUCUUCAAGAAAGAACACUUACUAUAAUUAAUUAUUUCGGCAAGUGAAUGAUAUUUGUAGCUGCUCGUGAAAUUCCUUGCAAUUCGGUUUCAUUCAUUCUGAAUGUUCCGUAGUUGUGCAUUUAGUACAUACAUGGCAGGUAAUUUAGUGUUAACAACUGAGUUGAAAACGAAAAUUAGCCACCGUAAAGGGUAAAAAAGCUGACGUCAGAGCGAUUGGACGAAGGGUAUCGCUCUGACGAAGGGCUAACGCGAGUUGAGACAGGUCUGUUUGUGGCAACCCAUGACCUGGUAUGGACCUGCCAUAAAUUACCUAUACAACGCCUAGAUUAAAAUCAUUUAAAUUUUACAUUUUUGAAGCGAUUAGUUUCAGCGUGAUCUUGUUUGAAUAUCCAUAUUUGGAUAAAAACGCAAAUCAGUCUCAUGAAAACAUUCUUGUGCGAGUAAAGAGUGUGUGUAAAGCGAAAGGAUUCCUAUAUCGCCAUAUAUAAACAAAAUCAAGGGGCUUAAACAAAAAGGCUUGUUUUCGUUGCGCUGACCGGAUAAAUGUGUUUAAAGAAAGACCAUCAAGUCAAUUAGACGUCAAGUUUUAGGAUCGGUUUAUUGACUGUUCUUUUACGAAAAUUUCUGGUGCAAAUUAUGAUAAUUGAGAUUAAGAUGCGGGCGUAUUAACGAAGUGUUAUUUUAGUCUUCAAAAUCUUAUCAGCUCGGGCGGACAGUUAUUAAUGGACAAUUUCCACGGCAUCAAAAGAUAAGCUUUGCGCAAUUGAAUUAAGGAGUUUUGUUGCAUUUGAAAAGGCUUCAUGUGGAGAAGAAAGAAAUAUGGUUGCCCUCAAGCGAUACAACAACUACUCCGUAUUUUAACUGUCUCUAUAAGUUGUCCUAGAUCUUCCCUCUGUCCCAAUACAGAACAAACAUCUUGUUUUAUAAUAAAUCCAAAACAUUCAAAGCUUUAGGCACCCGCAAACCGACAGCCAUGCGUCGUUUAAUCACUGUGAAUAGUUUACUCAUGGCUCCUUUCAAAAGUGUUCCACUUUUAAAUCCCUUUUUCAUCUCAUUUAAAUUUCAUGACUUGCAUGUUACCAAUUGAUUUAUGUAGUGGCCAGUAAGGGUUGUGUAUUUGGUAUGAUUUAUAAUCUAGACUAACAAUGAGCAAUCUCAACUGCUUGUAGCAUGACAGCAUGACCUAUAGUGCAAGAUAUCAACUUUUAGGAAGUAAAUUAAAUUCUAUGAGUACCAAGAUUGGUUAAAAACCUAUCAUUAAAUGCAUCAGUAAACCCAUAGUAAAUUUAACAAUUGGUUCAUACAUUAGUGUGCGUUCAUCGAGAUAUGAAGCAUGCGGGAAGUUUGGAGGGCACGAAAGAUGCGUAAGAGUUGCCGAGAGCAACUCUAGCUUCUUGAGUGCUCUCCAAACUUCCCAAGUGCUUCAUAUCUCAAUGAACGCACAGCUGACGUAUGAACCAAUUGUUUUAUAACAUUUUCAACACGAUGGAAAACUUUUUUUCUUGAGGGAUUUGUUUGCUGAUGUCAUGAGCGCGUGCACAAUUGGAAUAUGAAGCACGCUUGCACAAUUGAAUUUGAUUACACAAAUUUACUGGCUAUGUUAUAAUGAAGUUUAUAUGUAAAAGUUAUAGGCUGCGCUCUCUUUUGGUUUACCAACCUAAUUAACCACAUGGAAUGUUGGGGGAACACUGAAAAGUAUGUAAAUUGUGUGGCAUGUUCUCCUGAAAUCCUGCAGGGGCUAUUAAUGUUAUACCAGGAAAACCAAUAGAUAUUGCAACUUCCUUACUUUUCAUUCAAGUCGUUGAGCUAAAAUACAAGAGCUAAAGUUUAAUUCAUGGGAUCUCUACUUAUAGCUUGAGUUCUUGACCUACAAUGUGCAAUCUUAAGUUAUAAAGCAAUAUCUACAAUUGUAGGUUUAUCACACAAUACAACUCAACAGAUAGUGGUAUACUGUACACCAACCCCAAAACAGUGCCUGUGCUGGUUUUUAAAACUGCUCUUUAUUUUAGGGGGCAAAGGGGAUAAAGUUAAAUGCACUUUUUUUUUUCUAUUUUUAUUGACAGGGUUAUGGUUGGUGCCCCACUCAGUAAUGUUACAGGUAACGAUGGCUCACAGUUAAUCAAGUAUGGAGCUGUCUACAGAUGUGAAUAUACUGGCUUACAAGAAUGUAAAGUCAUUACAACUGACAACCGGCGUAAGUAUAAGUUAGAUUACAGGUAUUAUUUCUCCAGCUAGCAGGAAAAGGUUUUUAGUAAGUUGUUAAUGUUUACAUUAGAAAAAUACUGGGCAUCUUGAGAGAGUAUGGUUGCAUAAGUUGUGCCUUUAGUUAUAAUAAUUAUGAUUAUUUCAAAAGACUUAAACUAAGUACUACAUAUGGGAUAUUGAUCAAAUGAAGCCUUUAAGUGCUACGGUGGUUCUUUCUUUAUUCACUCUGAGCUUUUGCCGUUCUACUGAUGAUGCCGUAGAACGGCGAAAGCUCGGAGUGAAUAAAGAAAGAACCACCGUAGCACUUAAAGGCUUCAUUUGAUCAAUAUCCCACAUCAUUACGACAUGCUACUAAAGGACACGUUCAAUCGUUUAGUAAGUACUAGGUAAUUUUGAUCAUCAUUUUGAGAGACCAGAAACUAAUUUCUCCCUAUAUUUUUAGUGCUGAAUCUUUUAUUAACAUCAUAAGAAUGAUUGAAGUAAAAUCAGCAACCAAAGAAGCUUUGAUCUAUUAUUAUCUUUGUUAAUAACUAAGAAAAUGUCUAGAAAACAGUAUAGAGGGUGUGGAUACUUGUGUUAUGGGGUAAAGGGCCAAGUCAGUAUGUGCUCAUAUCAAGGACAUAGCCCACUCUUCAAUGUAUUGUAGGCUGUACUUUAAAAAAAUUCAAUUUUUGUUCCAAAGUUUGCAAGAGUGAUAAAAGUCAAGUGGGUGCAAAUAAUUGGAGGCCUGGGCUUAAUUACAGGCCAACCAUAGGCUGGCUAGGUCCCUGCAUACAGUUACAGUUUGUAUUGUUAGCAAAUCAAUGAAGAUAGAAAAACUUCUCAUUUAUCUCAUGCAGUUGUGGUUAUAAGAAACAACAGUCUUGACAUGUUGUUUUAUUUUACAUUUUACUUUUUAGCUGUUAGAAAAGAGUUCAGCUCAAAUGAGUUGGUGGACUUGGAGGUUAAGAGUGGACAGUGGAUUGGUGGCAGUGUGUACAGCACUGGCACUAAUGGAAGAGCUUUGGUAAUUUGUUCACCCUUUGACCCCUAAGAGUGAUUAGCACCUAAUUUCUCCUCACAACAUCAUCCCUGAAUCAUGUGUAAAGGUUACAAGAAUAAAGGAAAUGAUCACCUAUUAAAGAUGCUCUAGAUUCAUGGACAAUUUCUCCUUGUCAGCACUUUAGGAAGUUUAUAGAGAACAGUAAUGAAGUAGAAUAUGCCAACUGAUGUUAGGGUGUAAAGGGCCAAGAUUAUUUGAUAAACAGUCAUAUACCUCAGGCUAAAACCUUUGCACCUCGGUAUUACUAUGCAUAUUUUCAAUACUGUUAUCUUAACACAUUCUUUGGUACUAACAAAGACGAUUUGUUUGGCAAUCAAGGGCUUCUUGAAUUAAAAUAUCAUCUCCUCAGUUCUUGUGACCAUGAAAUUUGGCUCAGGCCAGGUAAUACUUUAAGAAGAGAUUAGGUGCAUGUUUAUCACUCUUAGAGGUCAAAAGUUAUCUCUUUUGUUGGUCAAUUAGCUAGUUAUUUUAAAAUUUAAAAGUUGUUUUCCUGUUACAAAUAAUUUGUUGCUUGAUUUUUGUAUACAUACCAAUUAGAUGAUAGAGUAAACUAUGAAUUUCUUUCAUGAUUAUCAUUGUCCAUAAGAGUACAUAUUGCGCUAAACCGCUGAAUUUGUCAAGUGGCUGUGGGAAAUAGUCUGAUGUACUGAAAACACAUGUGAUUUGAGAGCCAUAGAAGGGUGUUUAUUGAAAACAAGUUACUGGUAGAUUGAAACUUCUCUAUUUUUUUUAGGCUUGUGCACCCAGAUAUGUUUAUCGAGGUCUGCCCAAUGCUGCUGGCCUGCAUUACUAUUGGCUGUUGGGAAAGUGUUUCCUCAUUUCUAGUGAUCUAUCAGUUACAACAAGUGAACGUGUGCCUUGCAUCAGUGGUAUGAUUUUUUUUCUUUACUGGAAACCCUCAUACUCUGACCUAUUACUAAUUCUUAUGACAGAUGAUCAUUAAUUUCUUUGUAUCUAGUGACAAUUGGUUCCAUGAUUGAAUGAUAUUCUCUUGUUUAUAAUUUUCUUAACUUAUCCAUAAAAUAAAUUGUCAGUUCAAACUAUUUUGAGAAGAUUAUUCAUCAAUCUUUCUAAGUAAGUUUAAAUCACUCAUUGUGCAAAGGAGCAGUUUAGUGGGACUUAGGUCACUCUUUCAAGUAUUAACCUUGUGUAUAAAAUUCUCAUGAUUUGAAUGGGAUACAAGGACCUUGUUAAAGGUUAAAGCUACAAAAAAUUGAUGCAGUCAAUUUUAAUGUAAGUGGCACAUUUGAUGUAAGACCAGUAAUAUCAAAGGAAACUUAAUGUCAGCAAUGUACAAGUUUGACUCCUAAAUCCACAGUGUGUCAACAAUCUAUUGACUCACAUACACAUAUGAAUUACCUGUGGGAUCAAUUUCCCUUGAACACCGACCUUACGUGCCAUGUGCCAAUCUAUGAUAACACUAAAUAUUAUUAAAAUUCCAAGCUCAAAAUUUGAAGUUAACUUAGGAAAAAUAUCAAGUAGUUACCUGUAACACAUAUAAUAAUAAUAGAGUAGUGAUUCACAUGUAACUACAAUAAGCCAUUUUGCAGCCAUGUACUUAGUUACCAGGCCUUUGAUUUGGAGUGAGGCUGAUGGUGACCUUGUUAUGAUAGAGACCAGUAUCUAGUUAGCAUGAUAACAAAGUAAUUGGCAUUUGAAAAGCAGCAACUUGAAGGUUUGUAUCAUAACAAUGUCAACCUUAGCCUCACUCCUGCUCAAAGGCUUGGCAACCAAGCAUGCAGUUGUAAAAUUGGACCAUUGAACCUGUAUUAAACAGUCACCCACAGGGACUGUCAGGGUGACUGCUUCAUACAGGUUGACUGCUUAAUACAGGUUCCACAGAUUAGGGGUAUUAUCAGGGCGACAGCUUACUGUGGUGCUCCUUAAUACAGGUUUUACUCUGUAAGUUGUUCAUUUUUCAUUUUUUUAUCAGAAUCAAAGGGCAACAACUAUUAUGGUUACUGUGAGGCUGGGAUAAGUGCAGAAUACACUGUUGGAUUUGAUCAAGAUGUGGUAAUGGGAGCUGUCGGAAUUGCCCGAUGGAAAGGUUAGAGCUAGAGAAGUUUUUCUAACCUUUGAUCAGGCAUUCAUUGCAACAUUUUCUAGCUCCACUGUAAGGAAAAAAAUAAAAGAGAAUGCCUGGUCUUUGAUUCUUCCAUUUUACACAAUAGUUACAAAAUGUACAUGUCAGAGAAGACAGAUUUUGAAAUGUUCUGAUGACACUGAAAUGACUGAAUGACUGACUGAAUUAUGGAGUUUUUCGAACAGUAACUUAAAACUGUUUGGCAUAGCUAGGUAAACAAUGGAAGUUAACCUCCCUCUUAAACUUGAUUUAAAAAUUUUUAUAGAACCACUGAUCUUAUAGAGGUUUUGUUUGAUUAAAGGUGGAGUGUGGGUCUCUCCUUCCACUGGAAGUUCGAUAACUCAGGCUGUUUCACCACAAGACCAAAUCAAUGAUGGAGAUUACAUGGGUAUGUUGUUAACUAGUAUGUUCUUGGCAAAAAUGAACUUCUUGUUGAUUAUUUCAUUUGAUUUAACAGUAUAUCUUAUGACUAAUAAUAAUUAUACAUGGAAAGGAGUUGUCAAAUUUGCAUGUAUAACAAAACUGUAUUUUUGUGUAAUUUUGUUUUAGGUUAUUCAGUGACUAGUGGUCAUUUCUCAAGCCCAUCAAAUACAGGUUUGAUUAAUUACAAUUAGACUUCCAUUGAUUCAUAGCACUAGCAAUCCUGGAUCAGUUUUCACAGGGGAAUCACUGGGUGCCUGUGUAUGCUCUUAUCUCAGAAAGAUGGUGUUUUUGGCUCAAUGGCUCUUUCACUUUCAGGCGUGACCAGGGAAUUUCUCUUGAAAGUAUCAGUAUAUUUUCAAAUGCAAAGGUGGUAAGGCACAGCUGCAGAUCCCAGGAAGUUUGUGCCUUGAGCACUCAUCAUGGUUUCCUCAACUUGUCACUGUUUAGCCUACAGCUGUACAGUACUCUGAACACUAGCAGUGUUGAAUAAAUGACUGUCAAUAUAUGAAAAUCAUGUAUGUGAACUGCGGUUGAAGAAAUGAAUAUGAAGGUGAUCCUGGCAGUUAGGAACACUACUUACUGUAAGAAGUAAUGAAAAUAAGGCCUGAAAAAAAUUCAGGCUCGUAGGGGAUUAUAACCCAUGACCUCUGCAAUACCGGUGCAGCGCUUUACAGACUGAGCCAACAAGCCAACUGGGAGCUAACAUUGGUUCCGAAUAGUAGCAGCACUGUUAGUCAGCGGUGACAGUUUCUGCCAUAGUAACCAUCAUGAUGACAGUACAAGUAGACUUGUCAAUGUCAGUCUUUUUUCUGCCAUCUUUUUUUGUUUUUUCUUUUAUUUAUUUGCUUUUAUUUAUUUAUUUAUUUAUUUAUCUUUACACUUUCACUAAACCUGUUUGGGGUGAAAGCUUGGUGCUCUACAUCUCAAGAUAAUCAAAACAGAGGAUAAAAAAAGAUUUUACUCUUGAUUAGUUACUUUAAUAGAUGUACCGUAAUUUCCGGUUGAUUACCCGCGGGUAAUCUGUUGAUUUUGCAUUAAAUCCGCGCCACUGCGGGUAAUAGGGAGGUGCGGGUUAUGUGACAAUUUUAAAUUCUUCUGGAAGUUGAAUUGAAAAAAUUUCUCACCUACCUGCGUUUCCACCUCUCAAAUGAAUUUUAUUGUAUCAAAAGUGCCACAAAGCGGCACGAAAACAUGAUGCCAACUCGAGUUUAUUUCACGCAUAAUUAGUUGCGUGACAAACAAAUUUUUAUCGGCACGCGUGAAAACAAAACCUGAUGGUGACAAAAAUAAUCCAAGGAUAUCCGGCGCAUCAGUAACAAAUUUCCAGUUUUCACUAGCUUGAGCUAAAGAGAAUUUUCCCGUUUUAAGGGACUUGUUAGGCCCAGUAGAACAGGAGAUAUCGAUUUUUUUGAGAAAUUGCCGACAGUAAUUUUAAAUCCCAAAUGCAUCACCAGAAUGUUGAAAAUAAUAGGUGCGAAACUUAACUAAUUUCGCGCUGAAAAAGUAUUUUAACGACAAAUGAACAAUGGAUAUUGCUCAUUACGCUCCUACAUGCUAUAAAAAGGUAACUGACUGAAUAAGAAUUAUAAACCUCGAUCAUUCGCAAUAAGUGUAUCCACGAGUCACCAAUUAAGUUAAAAUGCCUGCUGUGAAACGCCCACGUCACAGUUUUACGUUUGAUUAUAAGCUUAGAGUAAUAACUCUUGCCGAUGAAAUCGGUAAUAGAGCAGCAGCAAUAAUCAAUCAAUAAAGUAUAAGCUAAUAUUGACACAGAAUUGUGCACAUGUCUGAAUCGAAAGACUGAAAUGUAUCGCCUUAAUGUCACGUUUUCGCCACCGAAAAAGUUGAAUAACAACGUGCGGGUUAUCCACCGGUGCGGGUAAUCCGUUGACUUUUUUUUUCGCCGUAUGCAAUAAUCGGCCGGUGCGGGUAAUCGGCCGUGCGGGUAAUCGACCGGAAAUUACGGUAGUAGGUUUGGUCAAGGUUGAUCUUCAGUCAGAAUCUGUUUAACACCCUGCCUUAAUGGUUAAUUAGCUGCAGGGCUGGUUUAAUUCUGUGGUAGUCAUACUCAUGUAUUUUGUUUUGUAUAUUCCAGAGCUUGUAGGUGGUGCACCAAGAGGUGCAGGACUGAAGGGAAAGGUAGUUAUGAUUUUUCAUUGUGAGCACAAAGUUAAUUUCAAUUUUUUUGAAAUAAGAAACAUGAUGAAACUUAUUAAAACUGUUAAUCAGCGAUAAAAGCAGUAGGCUUGUUCUUUAUUUUUUUUCUUUUGAAUUUCUUGUUCCAAUCUGGAGUCCUGGGUUCUAUGAACAAAGGCCAGCCUAUGGCCUAGAUCUAUCCCAUCCCUCAUUUUUUUAAUUCUGAUUUGAAAAAAACCACAACAACAGAAACUGACUAACAGCCUCUUUUCAGGUGUUGGAUUUUAUCACCUUGAAAAGUAGAGUUUGUAUAUUUUUGUUUUAUUGGGUUCCAGUUGUUAAUGCUGUUCAUGAACAUAAACUAAGGUUGCCAGGUGAACUUUAAACAACUGCCAAUACCAAGGAGUAUUCCUUUCCUUUUGUAAUUAGGUUAUUAUCUACAAUUAUGAUGUGUCUAAUGAUCAGCAGCAACAAAUCAGUGUCAGUUCACCUCUGCCUCAACCUAAAAAUAUACCGGUAUGUCUUGCAUAAUGUUAAGUCUCUGAAAAAUUUAUUGCUUCCAGUUUUUUCUUUCUUUUUACAUGAAGUUUUUAUUUUGAUACUUUUUUUCGUAUUAAGUUUCAAUAUUAACCUGAGAAGGUUAUAUACAUUCAAAAGCAUGUAGAUGAUUGCAAAUUAAAGUAGUCUCAUCACUUAAAUGCGUUGAAUUUUUUUUAAAAUUUGUUUUCAGACUGGCACCUAUUUUGGGAGUGUCUUAUGUGCAGUAGACCUUGAUGCAGAUGAGUAAGUUUUGCAUGCUGAAUUUUACUAUAAUUGCAGGCAAAGUCAAGAGUACAUCAUUCUGUACUUGAUAAAUUGCAGAUCACAUGUAAAGCUUAAAAUUAUUUUGAUGAGGAAAAAAAGCUAUAUCACUAAAAGUAAAAUCUGCACUGUAAAAAUUUGGUGUCACUCCAGAAACAGUGUAGGUUAGUGGUGCUCCUGCUCUAAUUUUCAUGAAUAGUUAUAAAUCCAUUGUUUUAAUGUCACACACACACACACACAUGUGGCUUAACUGAAGUCACAAUUGGGCUCAUUGCAGUACCCAUAAUUAAUGAUGCUGAUUUUUGUGCCAAGGUUCUCGGACAUUCUCGUUGGUGCUCCUUACUUUACCUACAAAAAAGAUGAGGGGCGAGUUUACAUCUACUUAAAUAAUAAGCAGGUUGGUGAAAAUUUUUUUUCAUUAUUAAAAAAUUUUUCCUUUGCUAAUAGUAUAAUCUGUCAACUGUCAGAUCCCAUGUUAUUUGACUUUCCCUAUACAUGUGUGUUCAUAGCUGUUAAACCAGUCUGUGUACCAAUUUUAUCUAUGAACUGACCAGUGAUAGGCUAGAGGUGAUUUUAACGAGCUUGCCUUUUGAUCACUUUUCAACAGAACACUGAACCAAAGUAGUUUAGGAAUGUAAUGGUUUUGCUACCCUCCCCUCUGUGAUUGGUCUGUAAAAAGUUGGGCUUAUUUAUAUACGACUAUAUCUGCACUAAAAUUACUUGCAAUUUUGCCACUCAAAUUUUUUCGCUUCUUCAAGAUAAGUAACUAAUAUAUUGUCAUUUUUGUUUUCAUUGGUAGCUCUCUGGUUCAUCUUUGUGAUUACGUUGGCUUUAGCAUUAUGUACUGAAACAGUUCAAACAUUUUAUUUCCAGGGUGCUCUUAAUUUGCAAGAUGAAGUUCUUGAAGGAGAUAAGGUGUACAAUGCCCAGUUUGGAGCAGCCAUUGCAGCAGUGGGAGACCUGAACCAAGAUGGAUUCCAAGGUAAAUUAAGUAACUUAUCCUUGCUAGAGGAAAGACAGUCAUCUCGGGCUACUAGUUGCCUCAUUAGCCAAGCAAGAUUUUCCAAACCAGGCACACUGAACCAGUUAGAAGAUCUGAUAACCAAUUCGCUUUACUAGCUGCUGUAUGUUUCCUUCUGAACAAGUUUAAGAGCAUGUGAUUGUAUAUCACUAUUACAUACUUUAGAUGACUAGUUUGUUUAUUUUUUUUUCACCUGCUCGCCGAGUGAUGCGCUGAAUUUGAAAAAAAAAAUGCCUAUUUCGUUAUGGUGCAGGCAUGAUUAAGGAUAAAACUUAUAGUGCUAAGGUUGUUACUCUCUUUACUUCUGACAGAUGUCGCUGUAGGAGCCCCAUUUGAAGGUGAGGAUGGAAGUGGUGCAGUGUACAUUUACCAUGGUAGCAGCAGAGGAAUUGAGACCCACUACAGACAGGUGUGUUGCGGUUAAUAAUUGAUUCAGUAAAUGAUAGUUGGAAGUACGUAGUAGUUUGAUUAAAAACACUGAAGUCAUCGUUCUUCACCAUACAGAACAACCCUACGCCGGUAAACGACUUGCUUUUUUACCACUUUCUCUAAAAUCGUUUUCAUAAUUGUUGAUCUUUUCAAUACACGCACGCGCACGCGCACGCACACGCACGCAAACAUCGCGUUUAGCAGUGCUUAAUAAAAAAUAAACUAUGAAAAACUGAAUGUUUUACAGAGUAAACUUUUUAUUACUUAGAUACUCGUUAAACUUUCUGGACUAAUGAAAAUAUUUUUCUAAAUUGGCUUAAAAUUUGUGUGCAGAAAACAGUUUCAAUUAUAAUUCACACUUGUACUAAAACUCACGAAAGCAUCACAGUGACAAUGAGUUUCCUACAAUGGUCAGAGACACGAAAAUCCAGAGUGCACCAAGAACCAAUCAGAUUGCAGAAUUUAUCACCAUGCCUUCUGAGAUAGCAAUGAGAUUUCACCCAAACUUUAUUUCAAUUAUUCUCUAGUUUGUAAAGUUGAAAAAAUGUAGAUGAUAAAGCUUAUUAAAUAACGGACGAAAAAAAUAUUUUUACAGAAAAUUGUAGGAUCACAAGUUAAAUCAGGAAUCAAGAUGUUUGGGGUGUCGAUCUCUGGUGGUGUUGACGUGGAUCAAAACAAGUAUCCAGGUAACUUAUGUUCUGUAUAUUUUCUAAAAACUGAUAGCUUGCGAACGGUUCCUCACAAUUAGCUCUUCGGCAUAAGUGUUCUUUGCCCGCGAGAAAGUACGAGGCCUUGAGCAUGAUCAUAGUGCCAGACUUCCAGUAAAUCUCUCUCCUCCGACUUGUCUCAAAUCCUACCUUGGUCGGCGAAACGCGCGUCUUGCAGCGCUGAUGAGGGGCGAACGCGCAGGCUAACAAAUAGGAUUGAUUGGGUGAUUGAUGGAUUGAUUGACUAAAAAAAAACUGUUUGGAUCAUUAUCACUCGGGUCAUUCCCAUGACUGUAUGUUUGCUGUCCUUGUGUUUACAUUAUUUAAAUGUGGACUUUGAAAAGUUAAUUUUGCAAAGCUAAAAAAAUCCAUCAUCAAAGCGUAGGAGGAGGAUGUAGCACCUUGGUUAUACACAGGUACAUGUAUGUGAUCUCCCCGAGAGGAAACGAGCCUGUGCUUUGAACAUUUUAAAUUAUUUUUAUUUCUAGAUAUUGCAGUUGGUGCAUAUGGAUCAGAACAAGCUGUUAUUGUGAGGUAAACAAGUCAAAUAUUUAUUUUUGUGUCUGUCAUUUUUUUUAUAUAGAAAUGCUGCUUUACUGUUGGAAUCUAGAACUUUGAAUCAUUAUAUGUCAAAUUUGAUAUUCUUUUCUAAAUUGAUGUACUACGAAUAGUCCAAAUUAUUAAACAUUAUACUUACUGCGAAAACGCUGAUUGGUCGAGAGAAUACAGUACAAAAGCGUGUAAAGUUGACAGAUAAGCUGCAGAUACUGGGUUAUCAUUUCGAGCUCAAAGUCUGCCUUGUCUCCAAGUAUCUUUUUUUUGCAUCAAUACAAUUAUUUUUUAGUAGAGGGUAGUGUAGACACAUACACAUGGUAUAUUUACAUUUGCCUAUCUAAUGGAGGCGUUUUAUUCAAAGAGAAUUCUCUACUCCUUUGGAAAUUUAAGAUGCACUCACAAUCUAUUUCGCUCCCAGCUCUGCUUGGAACAACAAAGCUAAUAUUUCAACGACCGUCCUGUGGGUCGUGCCCGAUGGCGCGAGAACGGCCUGAUGAAGCAGUAGGGAUCAGCUUAUUGUCCCGUGUGAUGAAUUAAGAAAGAAUAUUAGAGAAAUAGAAAGAGCGAUGGUCAUGUGCUAAAAUGCUUAUUGUGUAAGAUAAGUCGGGCCGCACGGGAAAAUAUCUGGCUUGCGGACUUGAGGCACGGACUUCGAGCUACAUAUAUUCCCGUCGGUCCCACCACUCAGUCAAUAAGUUAGUGAUGUAUAUAUUUUUUUUAUCAUCAUGAAAUGUAGGACAAGAAGUAUUGUGAACGUGAAAGGUGUCAUUCAGCUGAGUAAGUCCCAGAUAACCUUGGAGGGCAACGACAGUUUGUGUGAUGUGGAUGGUGCCAAACAUAAAUGGUAAGAAUAUGCAGGUAUCUGGUUAGAAAACCGGCCAAAUGAUUAAAACAAUAUAUUGCAGACAGAUUGAUUGAGUGUUGGAAGAAAACUAAAGCAGUGCAAGGCUAACUAUUUCCUCUUGUUUUGCAGUGUGAACAUGACAGUGGUUUUCCAGUACACAGAUCAGGUUUCGUCGAGUGGCAGCCAAGGUAGGAGCAAGAGGAGAAGGACUUAAUUAAAGCGUAGCAACUUUGUCAAACGAACAUACCGCUAUUUUCAAAUGAGUGUCGAAAGUAAUCUGGAAUUGCUCUGAUUUUGCUUCACUACGCUCUAUUAUUGGUCCAUUAAACUCGCGCGCCACUACCCCAACCAAUCAGAUGCAAAACAAAAACCAUACUGAACUUGGUCGUCUGUGUUUUCCCGCGCUAAAGGUUUGAUUUUGGUUUUACGAGACUUAAUCGAAAAGCGCUCUUAAGAAAUGUGAUUUUAUCAACUAAGUUGUUGAUGUUAAUUGUCCAUUGUAAAAAGUUCGUAAAGCCGACACUGACGAAGGGUUAACAAUCGAAACGUCUUCAGUUUAGAAACUUUCUAUGGUGGCCAAUUUCGUUAUCAGCCACUGAAUCUACCGUGAUUCAACAAGGGCUCUCGUUCCUAAGUUUUUCUAACCAAUGCAGGUCUUUAAGUUAUUUUUCUUCAGCAUCGCUUGUUACUUUUCAGGUCUGUACAACUUAAGGUAUUCUGUGGAACUGGACAAGGGAAAGGAAUCUGAUGCAUUGCGUCGUAUGUUUUUUUGGAACCCGUCUACGAAGAAGAAGAGCUUCAUCAUGAGCGGGACCUACAAUAUUUCGACUCAGAACCAAUUUUAUUCCCUUCCUACAGAAACAGUAUAUCUGUUGGUAUGAAGAUUAUUUUUUUUUAAUGCUUCAAUAAUAAAAUACACUCGUCAUAUAAGGAAGAGGCACAUCUCCAAAUGGGGCUAAACAAUUGUAAAUGAAUUGCGAAUAUUUUGAAUGACGCUCUCAUACAUAUUGAGUUGAAAUUUACUGGAAAACUGGAAUUUCUUUUAAGAUCCGUUGGUUAAUGUUGCAAUCGGGUUCCUUCCAUUGACGGUACGGAUUGAAAUCGGUCCAGGCCUAGCUGGGUCUGUUUUUUGAGUAGGAUAAAUAUUUUCUUCUUUUGGUACACUCGCGUGGACCACUCACAGAUUACUUUCGAAGCUUGAGUACAAAUUUAAAAAAGUGCAAAUACUUCUAGCAUUGAAAACACGCGAAAUUUAAUUUUUUGGACAAACCUAAGUUAUGAGAAGAGCGACUUUGGCCAGCACCUUUGAAACAUGUAAGUUUAAUAGGAGGAAUGUUUUUUUCCCACUGUAGGAUAAGAAUGAAGUUGCAGAUGUCGGCACACUGCUCACUUUUGACUUGAGCUUCUCAUUGCCCGCAACUGGUUGUACUGGUGUAUGUCCCGUUCUCAACAGCUAUUUGCCUGAUAACUACAGAGAAACGGUAGGUUUUGAGUUCUCAGUGACAUCGUUAUUACAGUGGAAAUAUCGUGCCGCAAAAGCUCUCAUCCUAACCGAAAACAGGAAGGCGAUGAGCUAAAAGAACUUUUAAGGCGGAUCUCCUUGAAAUAUUACAACAACACUGAACAGAAGCAACAACAAGAACAAUCUGUAACUGUUUUCUUCCUUUACUAAUAAUUACCUGGACCGACCAUUGAAAUCAGCCGGAGUACAGGCUACCUGGAAUAAUUAUGAGAACUCAGUAGUAGAGCUAUAACGAGGGUCUCUGUGAGUUAAUGACUCUUACGGCUAACGAUUAAAAUUGUGGCCAUUAUACGGCCAACUGUUCAUUUCUAUCCUUUACUGUUGAAAGAAGAGUUUUAAUGGCCAACGGUUAAAAAUUUUUAUGCCUGACGGCUAAUUUCUUUUGCUGCGUAACGGCUGAACGGUAAACUCAGUGAGACCCAACCCUCCAUGACACGUUUUCCUCUGUGCAUUGUUCUUAGUCUCUUUCUUUCACAGGUUGCUUUUAGAAAGAAGUGUAAGAAUCAGCUAGCUUGUGUGCCAGAUCUGGCUGUUAAUGGCAGCAUUUUGUAUUCACCAGGGUAAGCAUUCAUGUCUUCCCACACUUUUCAUGACUGAAAGAUUCCAACGCUCUCUUUACUGAGAAUAUUUUUUUUACCGCAAUUGUUAGAGAAUGGAAGUUUUCCCAUACUUGUUGCAAGGCUUGUUUAUCGCGUUUGUUUACGGUUACAUGUUUUUCGUGCAUGUUGGAAGCCACAGAAAGUACUUUCCCAUGCUUCGUAGGGCCACGGAAAACAUUGUCCUCGUACUCGUGACAUAUUACUUAGUUCCCGUGAUUUCUAUAAGCUGCCUGUAUCUCAAUAUAUUAACAAUACGUUAUUUCCUUCCUGAAUCAAUCAAGAAGAUCCUUUAAAAAAUUUGUCAAAAAGUUAUCCUGUAAACUCAAGAUUGCCAGACUUUCACAAUGUUUACAUUGAUUCGUUUCUUUCAUAGUGACCUGAAGCUUAAAGAAGUUCGAAUUGGGGUUAUCAGAGAUUUCACUGUUAUGCUGACUGUUACGAAUAAAGUUGAAGAUUCUGCGUACUACUCCACUAUCACAAUGAAACUUCCUGCUGAUCUGGACUACAUCGGGCCCACACAGGUUAAAGAGUAAUUUUCAACAGUGUCGAAAAUAACCCAGGACUGCUCUAGUUUUGCUUUACUUCGUUCUCUGAUUGGUCAAAAAAAAAACUUGCACCAUGUUCUCGACCAAUCAGCUUCAAAACUAAAACCAAUCGCGCCUUGCUCACCCGCGUUUUCCCGCGCUUCGAGUAGUUUGCUUGCUUUUCCUUCGAGUUGUUUUUUGCUGUUUUUUGUCAUUUCCUUCCUAAUGUAAAGGAUUCUUUUUGCGCUUUAGUUCAUAGAAUGUGAAAGGGGUGAUCCAGACAAUGGAACCGUGGCUGUAACUUGUAACGUUGGCAACCCACUCUUCGGUAAAGUCAGGGUAAGUUCGUGGUUGUUGCUUCCGCCACAGAUGUUCGGCACUCACCAGACAAGUGACUUUACCCAUAACAUGUUAUAACCUGCUUAGCAACCUGUUGAUUGUACUGGGCGCUAAAGAUUUAGACCGGCACACUCUGACGAGAAUUCGCGCGCGCGGGAAGCCCAAGGAAGUCACUUUCACGUAUGUCAGCUGUCUCUCGCGCGCGUGUUUCUUGCGCUCUUGCCAAAAUUUUUGCGUAUGUUAAAUGAAAUCUGGCAAAAAAGUGUUCAAUCAAAAUUGAAGCAUAUCUUGGAAGAACAACGAAACGCUAGGAAAGUGCCGUACUCUUCUUGCAAAGUUUACUGAGACUUAAAUUGUGAUCAGGUCAUUUUAGAGUUUGAUUGUCUAAAAUAUUGAAUUUGUUGAUCUAAGAAACUGUGAAAGUCUUGUAUACGUGGGAUUCAACAAACGCGAUCCUUUCUCGUUGGGAUGAGGCUGCUUGGAGAGGAUAUUUUUUUCCCCUGCAGUUUCUCACGCUCUAAAUUCGUGGUUCUUCGCCACAUUUUAUAGAAAUACACGGCUUCUGGGUGAUUUACUUUUUUCUCUUCUUGUAGAAAACAUUUGGAGUCAAGUUUGCACCAGGUUCUGUGAAAAAAGACUUUAAGAUUGAAGUUGAAGCAUCAAGGUAGCUACUGAUUUUACGUUUGGCCAAUUGAGUCAAGUCGUGAAAUAUUCUGAAUCUUAUCGGUCUGAUUAUUUAAACUAAGUUUAGUCGUUGUUUAACAAAACCACGUCCUUAACAGUCCUCAAUUUCGUUGAACCUUCUAUCUGAAAAUUUAUUUUUGUGAACAGCGUCAAAAGGGCCGAAAGCCAACAAUGGAAGAACAUUUCUUCCAUUUAAUCAACCCUUUUAUAAAGAAAACCUGAGGCUCACUGAUUACGUAAAAACAGUGGUUUAAGUUAGACCUCGUAUAAAUAACCGGCUCAUCAUAUUUCUGUUGCUUUUCUUUAGUCAAGAUACCGAUGGCAACGACAAGGACAACAAGAUAGAGUUCAUGGUUCCCGUAACAUUUGAAGCAGAUUUGGAACUGAAGGGGUAUGUGGACAAAGCAAAACAAUCAGCGCACUACCUGCAAUGACUGACCAUAUUUUUAGUCCGCUCUCAUUUAUGUCUCCCUCUCUCCAAUUCAGUGUUGCUUCUUCUUCUUGUUCACAAAUGAUCACCCUCAGGCAGCAUUGUUUGGGGGACGGGACUUUCAAGUAGCUUAUUAGACAUGAAGUUUACAUAAUGCCUGUUUGUUAUAUUGAAUUUUAGGAGGGUACAAGCUACUUUUGCCACUUAUUGGAGGAAAAAAUCUAAAAAAACUCCUAAACCGUGUUAUCCAAAAGAUAUAAAUAUCAGCUCCAAGUAAUUUUUGUUUUACACCUAAAAUAUUUUCGCCUUUCAGAGUUUGAUCGUAAUUCAUGCAAUACACCUUAGUUGAUAUUCUUCACUCUUGUCGAUACCUUCAUGUGUGAAAAUUUAUUGAUACUGUAAGGAGAAAUUUGAUUUUGGUCACUACUGAGAGUGAAAGGGUUACAUACAGAAAGUUGAUAAACAUGAGACAAGGAAAAACUUUGGGUUUCCCAGGAGGAUGCAAGGCUUGUUUGCGGUGUAAAACGGUCAUCAGUUACGUCGCAAGGAGUGAACCCGCCCUUCCACCCCACCCCACCCCCCCCUCCACGGGGGGAGGGAUAUAUCGCGGGACGACUAUAGGCGAGGAAAACAAACUAAAAUUUAUGAGAUGAGGAAAGAGAUAUUUUUUGAUAUUAUAAUUUUAUGUACAUAUUUAUUUAUUUUUAUUUUAUUAAUGUACUUGUUUGUUUAUGUAUUUCUUGUAUCAUUUCAAGGUCAACUAAACAAGAUCAAGUGGUAUAUACAGGACCUGUGAAAGACGACAUAAACAAUUUGGAGUCGAUUGGGCCAGAAGUGAUCACAACGCUGACGGUACUUAGGUUUUAUUUUUCCUUCUUCUUUAACGCUUUCCUAUUGAGUGUCGUAGUAACCGAAAUCGAAAUAAUGACCAUGACCAAUCUAAUGAAGAGAAAAUAUCGCAAGGAACUGAUGAGAAUUCAUAUUUUGAGCGCUUUUAGAUUGAGGGUCGUAAAUACAAAAUCGAAAUAGUGACAAGGACCAAUCGCUGAAAAGGAAAAAUAUCACAACGAGCCAAUUGGACGAGAAAGUGGCGCGAGUUUUUUGGCCAAUAACAGAGUACAGUAAAGGAAACUGAAGCAGUCCAAGAUUACUCUCUGCACUCGCUUGUAAAUUGUUCCAAAAUGCAUGAUAUCUUUAUAAAGAAUCGGGACCUGGCACCCGAGUCAUAUUUUCCCGCACUUGGCAGCGCACCGUUUACAUUUUCCCGCGCUUUGCACCACACCAAUCACAUGGGUUUCCACCGAGCUCUGUGGUCGCAUGGAUGCAUGAUCAUUACUGUUCAAUGGUGCCUUCUCUCUCAAUGGCGGUUGUCGUAAGAGACAUCUUUCCUCCUACCCUUGUUCUCCUCUUUUGUUCUCUUCUCUGUUCGACCUUCCAUCUAGUGGAUUCUUACAAAUACCAUGUUGACAAACAAUUUCAUCAUAGUCUCAUUGAAACGUCUUCUUUCAGAAUUGCAACUGUAUACUUGAUAGCCUGUCGGAAUAACAUGACUUUUAACUGCCCAUUUUAACUUCUUGAUUGCAGAUUCGGAACAGGGGUCCGAGUGUUGUUGAUGGGACGAAAGUUACCGUCAAUUUUCCCAGUUUGUUUAAAUCGUCGGACCCCAAAAGUUACCUGCUCUAUCUUAUACACGUUGAAGUAAGUUAAUAGCUCCAAUUGACUUUUGAAACGUCAUCUCUACGCGCAUGUUUGUUUAAGUAGGUAGAUCAUCCAUUCAUGGAAAAGUCACGCGGUGGUAGUCUGCUUUUAAAACUGCAAAUAUAUUCAUGAAUUGAAUAUUAUUUUAUUAAUUUGCCUGCAGCUUGAAGGUGCCUCAGGGACGUGUGAUGCGAAGGUCAACCCUUUGGGCCUCAAGGUAAGCAAAAGAAUAGACACCAAAAAAACAAGACUGUAAAAUUCAAUCAGAAUAGAAGACAAAAGUUAGAAAAUAACUCAUGUACAGUUCUGAUGAAUGACUAGUUCUCUCCAUGAAUGUUUCGGACUGACCAGUCGUUCCCUGCUCAUGAUAAUCGUUCCAACUCUACAUGUGUAUCGUAAGAAAUGUUGGUAACUUUGCAGUAGGUUUUGUCAUCGAAUUUCACAUAGUCGCAGCUAAAUAAACUAAAUGCUGGAUGGGGCUAAUAAUCCCUGAUCUGUUAGAAUUACGGCUCCAGGUCUUAGAUAUUAAAUUCAAACAGAAAAUAAGAAAAUGUAAAGAACGAAAAUUUUGAAUCAGACACUAACGUUUAGUGGAAGAUGGUGCGUUUAAAGACGUUGAAAAAUCAGGUAGUGAAAUCAGUAACAUUUGACAUUGUCUCAAUCUGUGUAAUAUCUUUUAAAUUUUUGUCGAACUUUUUCCUUCAGGAGUCUAAUUCCACUGAUGAAUCAGUGGAUAACAAGCAAUCACGCAAACGGCGUGACACAGAAAACACGAUUUUGGUAAGUAAACUUCUCAGGAUAGUUAAAUCUCCAAAUUCUUCUUAAUUCAUAUUUUUUUAGCCGAUCUUUGUGGUUAAUUUUCCCUAGGCAGUUUUCUUGGCUCGCGUCCAAACGCGACAGACGCAUUUAAAGCUAAAUAAUCUUGUUAUCGUCUUAGAAGUACAGCAAAUUUCACUGAAACAGCUCGACACAGUUGAAUCUCCUCAAGAAAGAAAAAAAAUCAUUUAUUGCAAGCCUGGAAUCUUCUCGAAAUCUUCAAAGUAUUUCCUCCAAUUAAUUGUGUUUUUCUUUUUUAUUCGAUAACUUUACAGGGCUGCCGCACCGCAAGCUGCAGCUCAUUCUCUUGCAAUCUGGGUCAGUUGAAGUUAGGUGACAAGGUGGAUAUCAAGAUGACUUUCCGCCUAUGGAUAAACACUCUCAUCAAGGUUUGCCUUGACUUUCAAAUAAGAAUAGCAUCCAUUAUGUGUUCAGUUUUUGUUUUUGUUGGGCGUGACAUUUUAUUUUCACAGAGCCUCUUUUCACCCUGGAGCAAAAGCAAUAAUCCGAGAUCGAAUAAAAAAUUUCUGAAAAUUUGAUAAAAGAAAUACUGAGAGAGUAUUUGCUAUGGAGUAGGGUCGUCAGCCUCAUGGACAGGGGAUGAUGCUUCUUCGCUUGAGCAAUAAGGAACGUGCACUUUUAAAAGGGUGUGGCGUAGAGAUUUGGUUGUAAAAGGGGCAAAGCUGGUGACCUCAGCAACACAUGCCCACCAAAGUGCCCCUAAGUUGUCAAACGCUUGAGCCGAUGAGGGACUUGAAGCUCGCAAAUACUUGAGUGUCCUUUUGGUAUUUUUACUUUGAAGAAUUUAAAUUGUCUGUCCAUGAACUUGUUUUGGCAGGAACUCGAUCCACCCAAAGCCGUUGACCUCGAGACCACAGCCAAGAUAAAAGUUCCCAGUAUAAUUACUCAGCCAAACCUGAACAAUGACCAGGUUACGGUACGUACAGGGAAGAAAACUGCAAACUCAUUUGAUACAUUGUGUAUUUAUACGCUUGCCACCCUAGAACAUGACAGGCGAAGUGACGGCGUCUAGGUCAUGGAUGGGACAACGCUCUGUUUCAAAUUGAACUUACCUGCCUCCAGAGUAGAACUUAAUUACGACUCGAAUCAAUUUACUGGUGUCGGCUGAAUGUCUGUGGCUGUAUUUCGUAUCGUGUCGCCGCCCAAUCGAUCUUCUAUGCUAGUUUUCAGUUGUUUCGCACUGUGUGGCUGCCUAAGGAGUUAAAAAAAACCUUAAAUCAAAUGUCUGUUUGCGUGUAGCCCCUUCAGAGGACAUAGUUCAGCAUUUGCAGUAGCUAAGGAGUGCAAUUUUUAUUUUACAGAAGUUUGUUGAAGUUGUGUACUUUCCUUACAUAUUUACAGAUCUAUGGUAGACUUGGUGACUGCGUGACUUACUUCUCUUAUAUCACCGUGUUCCAGAUUAUAACGUCAGCCAACGUGACUUGCUGCUCUUAGAUCUCUGUGUCACAGAUUGAAACGACAGCUAACGUGACUUACUGCUCUUAUAUCUCUGUGUCACAGAUUAUAACAACAGCCAAACCAGCUCAGACCGAGGCACAGAAAAAGAAGGUAGCCUGGUGGGUGAUUUUGCUCUCUGUCCUUGGUGGUGUUCUCUUGGUGGGCGGGGUCGUCGCAGGCCUGUACAAAGUAAGGAAAUUGAGUUUCCUCAAGUACUUUCAAGUGAUUUUAUUGACGAUUAAAAUGAUUUUAUUGGUGACUUAGAAUGAUUUUGGUGCCGCAAAGGAAACACACGAAGUAUAACUAAUGAUUGCUGGCCUAAACGGGCCCUAACAACGAAUUAACCAAAGCAGUUGGACGGUGUUUGUGUACAAACCUCGAUUAUCACUUGCAUGAGAAAUUCGUGCGUUAUCAUCAUGAGUAAUGUUUCUCUUCAAGGUGGUAGAAAAAAAUUGGCCCACUUCAAUAAGUCGUGUAUUUCUUUGCCUUCGACGUGUUUUUUCGGUAGAUUCCUAGCGCUUCGUGUAAUAAAUUUGGACGAGAAAUACUCGGGAACAAGGCCACGCUAAGACUUAGUUUCCAUCAAGUCUUUGGGUUUGCCACGUCAGAUCCCAGUUAGAGCAAUUGCUAACAACUAAACCUGUAAAAGAAUCCCGUUAGAUUCUAGCGAGUUUUACAAGAAGAAGAAUUUUUUUUUGCGUCGUUCACCGCCGAAGCUCAUGCGGAUGACGUUUUCUGAUCGUCCCACUAUUAUCGAUAACAGUCCUUCUCACAGCUACUCUCAACCGAACGAUCAGACUACGCGAUCCAAUUUUACUCCCGAAUCCAAACUAAAAACGGUAGCUGUAAUUGCUAAUGCUUCGUGAACUAAUAGUUGUAACUUACAGCAACAUGAUUAAGUAAUCAUUAACUAUGAUGAUUGAACUAAUCAUUAACUAUAAUCAAAUGAUACAUGUGUUGUGGGUAACUCUUUUUCGUCCUCAUUGAUCACGUGCACGUCAAUUCAACACAAUUCAUAACGUUCCGCGUGGAAUUUCGUAAUUCUCAACCUCUUACUUUUUGGAUGUACGGUGCUUUUAGUUGUUAGUUUGGUUAAAUAAAAGUUUAGAAUAAGCUAUAAAAGAAGAAGGUUUCAGUGUAAAUAUGAAACUUCAAACAAGAAAGCCUCUUUAGUCUUGGUCUUGUUAAGCUGCUUGUAAACAAUAUUUGGUAGUGGUGAAGGGUUUGUGUUUGUUUAUACAUGUUUGUAAACAACUUGUGACCGGUGAAGGGCUUGUGUGAACAAAGCUUUAUGAAGGCUAUGUAUCGCUGUUACUAUGGUUAAAAGCUAAGCAUCACUGGAUUAAUCUACUGCUGGAUUUUGGUUGGUCAACAAAAGUGAUAUCAUUUUGUUGUGCGUCAUAACCACGAGCACCUUUAAACCACAGUCUGCAUGGAUUUCAUCUGCAUCGUACCACUGUACUUCACUUUGCCAUUCUCGCUUCACUUUCCAGUGACUUCACCUCGCGUGUUUUGUUUCUUUUGAAUUUUCUGCCUUGUGAAUGUUUUUGCCUUUUUCUCCAGUGUGGAUUUUUCAAAAGGAAACGUAUAAAAGAUAUCUCGGGUCCUAUGGAAGAGAGAGAACCAAUGGCACAAACAAAAUGAGCGUGACUUGCGUGACGUCAGAGUAAGGACCAAAUAUGACGACAUCUCACCCACCGUGACGUUAGAUGCAUGAACUGAACAUUAUCGUUUUAGUCCGAAUCUUUCCCCACUUUUCACGUAAAUCACUAUAAGCAACUCGUCUCUUGGUUGCUUUGUUUAACCCUCAGUGUAACAUUUUAUUCACUGAAUAUAAAAUAUCUGCCUUUCACUGCCGUAAGUAGGUAGAGAAAAAAAAAUACUCGUUUCAUGAACCUGUGCCAUUUACUGUAGACUAAACGACACUCCAAUGAAGCUGAUAACACGGAAUUUAAACCGGAUGAACCGGUUUUUUUUUCUGGUUCCAUUCCGGCUUGCACUGGUCAUGAUUCAUUCUAAUCUGUGUGCGUUAAAGGCUGUUCGAGUUUUUGCAGAACUGUUUACGAGAAAAAAAAACCGUAAACUUUGUCUGGUCCUAGUUAGUUGUACCAGACAUAACUCUAAACUAAACUGACUAAUUAAAAAUGGUAAUUUUAAUCCAAUGAUAUGCGACAAACCAGACAGGAGUUCUUAGAAUACCUGUAUGCUUCCGCUUAAAAUGCUGUGUCAAAAAAGCGAAGCUAUGUAUUAUUUUAACUGGGUCUGAAAAAAAACCUGUCAAAGCAGUUUCAAGUCAGGAUGGUUGAAACCAAAAGACACAGUUAACAUUGAGUAAGCACAAAAAUUACGUUAUUUUACGUAAUUUAUAUAUAUUUAUGUAAAUAGUUCAAUGUUACAGUUUAAAGCUCUCUAAUUUCUUUUUUGAUAUUGUUUUAUUUCCCUUUUAGUGUGGAUUUUUCAAGAGAAAACGAAUAAAAGACAUCUCAGGCCCGAGUACCUCAGAACUGAACGUCAUGUAAAGUGCGUA